AUGAGUCUCCUAAGAUUGGUCCUAGGUCUGACCUUGGUGGCUCUGGUGAAAUCCAAUGAGUGGUGCUACACUGGUUGUGGUCACACUCCACAGCAUUGGGAAGCCUUAGAUGGAUCUCACUGUGGAGGAGAAAAACAAUCUCCAAUUGAUAUCGUCACCAGCAUCGUUACCAUUGACCCAAAUUUGGGGAAUUUCACGUUUGUUAAUUUCUCCUCUCAAUCCGCCAUCAAGAAUAUCACAAAUAAUGGACAUUCAGUGGAAUGUCACAUUGAAGCGGAUAUGGUUGAAGUGAGUGGAGGUGGACUUGAUGGUGAAUAUUCUGUACUGCAGUUUCAUUUCCACUGGGAUGUAGCAAACCACUCAGGUUCAGAGCAUGCUUUAGACGGCCAUCAUUACCCAAUGGAGAUGCACAUAGUCACUGCAAAAAAAGGAAUUCUCCUGAAUGAGACUCUUUAUCAUGAAGAUGGACUUGCUGUUCUUGGGUUUUUUAUUGACGCAACAGAAGAUGGAAACAUGUCUGUGCCGUGGGAAACGUUUACAUCCUACCUGAAAGACAUCCCAGAGGAGGGCUUUAGCAUGGAAGUAGACAACAUCGCUAUCGAUGAUCUGAUUGGUAACGUGGAUCGCACAAAGUUUUACCGAUACAUGGGCUCUCUGACUACACCCUACUGUAACGAAGCUGUCGUGUGGACGAUCUUUCAAGAGCCGAUAAAAGUUCACAAAGAUUUGCUACUGCGUUUUUCCACUGAUAAUAGCAUCGCACCAAACUACCGACCUAUACAACCUCUUAAUGGACGAAAUAUCACCGCCUCCCCCGCAACUCCUCCACCUCAUCUGUGGUGCUAUGAGGACCACAGUGGCUUUCUAACUCCAGAUUACACGCCAUCUCAUUGGUUUGAGCUGUCUGGCUCCCAGUGUGGCGGUGAAAGCCAGUCACCCAUCGACAUCAGCACUUAUACUGUUGUGGAGAAUGGGACUCUCAAUUCCUUCACCUUUACUAAUUUUGACAACAAACAUGCCAUAAAGUCUAUCAUCAAUACAGGCCACACAGUGCAGUGCGUGUUGGAGGAGGGAUUGGUGGAGGCGUCAGGAGGUGGAUUGAGUCAUGUUUACUCAACUCUUCAGUUCCACUUCCACUGGGGAACCGAAUCAGCCGACUCUGUGGGCUCAGAGCACACCGUGGACCAGAAACAAUACCCAAUGGAGAUGCACAUCGUGAGCAAGAGGAAGGAUUUAACAUUGGAUGAGGCACUAAAGACUCCUGAUGGCCUGGCAGUGCUGGGGUUUUUAAUUGAGGCUUCAUCUACUAAAAGUUCCUCCUCCACAGCUCCAGCAGAAACAACGUCGCCCACAUCGAGUUCUGCCUCUAACGCGGAAGCCUGGAAAACUCUGACCCAUUACCUGUCGGAUAUCAGAAACGUCGAGUCUGAAGUCGAAGUCACAGAUGAGAUUUCUAUCGACGACUUGCUUGGCAACGUGAACCGUGAAUCAUAUUUCCGCUACAGCGGCUCCCUCACCACGCCUUCCUGCAACGAAGCCGUGGUUUGGACAGUCUUUAAAGAAUCGGUCAAAGUGGACCAAGACCUGAUGGCGACGUUCCCGAAGAAUGCAGGAUAUCACAACGUCUUCCGGCCCGCUCAGGCUGUUAAUUCCAGAAAGAUCUUCACCACGGCUGCAGCCACUGGACCCGGACCUGGCCCCGUCUGGGUUUACCUGCUGCUGCCGUGUCUCUGCGCUCUCUUCUGCUGAGAUCCGCUCGUCAAAACCGGAGCUAAAAAUGUGAAUUAAAACGACUAUUCCUCAAAGAUUAUCUGCUUGCAAAACCAAAUGUAACAUUUCAUCAGUAGUCAUGACGUUGUUAAAGCCGGAGAGGUGGAGCGUGAUUUUAAAUCUGUUUUGUUAUGUCUGCAUGUCUACAAUUUAUAUUUAUGAUUUUGUCGUUUGCACAAUAAAUGAAAAUAGAAGUUAAUGUAAAGAUUUUAAAGUAGCCGUCGUUUAACG